AUGGUGUUUCGGGCGAGCACCGCCAGUUUUACUUCUUUGCAAUCGUAUGUGGAGCCAGAAUUGCUUCGAGGUGUUCCACUCCAUGAGUGCUUGAGCGGCUGGGGCAAACACUGGCAACAAGCGGAGAAUGCCAUGCUUUGCACAGAUAGAUCUGCCUAUGAUUUGGGAAAGCAGAUCGAAGAAUACGACGUCUUUCUGAGCCACGACUGGGCUACGUCUCGAUACCUGAAGCUCUUUUCCAUGAUGAUCAUCUUCAACUCUAGGGCAGCCUUUUUUUGCUCCUUUGCAGUCAGCGUGUUGACUGGCUUCCUACGAGCCUAUCAACUGAUUCCGGAUCAGAUGUGGACCAUUUGUUUCGGAUACGUGGUUUACACGGUGGUCCUAUGUUUUUGGCAGCGCCUUCGUCGACUUUGCUUCCGGCCUUUGAUAGUCUUCGUGGACAAGUUGUGCAUCGCACAGCAUGAUGAGGAGUUGAAGGAGAAGGGGAUUCUGGCCCUCGCUGGUUUCUUGGACCACUCCAGGAAACUGACCGUUCUUUGGUCAACUCGAUAUUUUCAGCGCUUGUGGUGCGCCUAUGAGUUGGCCGCCUAUUCGCGGGCCGAAGAGAAGCCCUUGCAGGUGAUGCCCGUGAAAAUGUCGGUGAUUUUGGGCCUCAUGUCCCUUUACUGGCAUGUCCUGUCGAUCGCCUUUCACGUCAUUGCUUGGUCCAACUUUGGUGGUACCGAUCCAGUCUUUAGUCGGCGUUUGAUGGCCAGUUUCUUCACCAUGCUCAUUCUCUGCAUGUUGACACCAGGUGUCUGCUACAUCGGUCUUCAACUCAUGAACGACUUGACGCAACUGCCACAGCAGCUGAAGAACUUCAGAAUCCAAGAGUCCAAGUGUUUUUGUUGUACCUCGAACCACGUUCAUCCAGUCACUGGGAGGCGAAUGAUCUGCGACCGUUCACUGGUCUUCCAUACCUUGAAGAAAUGGUUCGGCUCGCGAGCAGAUCGAGACCUAGAAGAAGGAAGCCAUUUGGAGCUUUUUAAUCAAAUGAUCCAGCAGGAGUUAAGCCAGUCCAUCCUUCAGACCGUUGGAUCAGACACUGCGCCACUGAGUUAUUGCAUCUAUUUGGUCAGUGCAGGAAAUGUUCCCUUCAUUGCGCAGUACAUUGCGCGCAUUGCGGUGGGCCUGCGUGGAGAAACUUCAGUGCUGAAUCAUUGCGUUGCUGCUGCUCGACAGUUGAUGUCUUGGGGAAGCCUGUCACUGCUUAGUAUUUGUGCAGUGCGCGUGAGCAUGGUUUUCUGGAAGUUGGGCCUCCGCCUUUCCAGCAAGAGUGCCAUCAACUCAGGCUGCGUGGUUUCUGUGUUUGUCUCUCCAUUGAUUGUGCUGACCCUGUCGCUGCUGUGGCUGCCCUUCCAAGCGACUUAUGCCUGGACAUCCAGCUACAGCAGCCUACCAGCCAUUCCCUUCGGGAUUGUCAUUCUGGUCACAUUCUAUCUCUUUGCACCUACCAUGGGCAUUGCUGCAGCCACGUCUCAGAGAGGCUUAAGGCAGAAGCUGUCGGAUCGCUAUCGACGGAGCAGGAAGAAAUCGCGACGAGGCUAUGGAAGCACUGCAUCAGACAUCUUUUCAGAUCCUUCCAGAGGCUCAAAAGAGGAGGAUAGCCGAUUUGGUUCAGCCGAGGUGACCUUCUCCGAGUUGAUCGUACGGGAUACGCACGCCGACAGAGUACGUCGGUUCACCCGAUCCAGUUGCCUGAGUUCUUGGUUUGGCGCUUGGCCAUCUGACAAGGAGUUCCACUAUGUCUCAGAUUGUGCCCCAGAUGUAGCCAUCCUUGAGAAUGUGAUGGGUUUCAUGACGGUGGCUGACAAGGUGGCAAAAUUUAUUGCGGCAAACAUGCCAUGGAAAAACUUACUCCUGCCGAAGAAGGACCCGGCUGUCAAGAAGGACAUGGACAAGCGCCGUCAACGCGGGCAGAUCUCCAAGCGAGCUGAUCCAAAGGCAAAAUGGAUUCAACGGCACAAUGAAUGGGCAAAAACCAAGAAGGUGUCUCUAAAGAACUCCAUGAAAUCCUUUGCCAAAAAAUACCCGGAUGCGGCCAAACACGUGACCAGUAUGAGGGAGAUGCAGGCACUUGACCUGCUGCUUGCAGACAACAGAGAGCUGCCAUCUGGCAAGUUCCUUUCAACUUCUGCGGGAAGGUACAUCAUAGGUCGUGAGGUGAUGGCACUCAUGGGUAUUCCCAUCCAUCGCCUUCGUCUCGACUCGUUCAGUGAAAGUUGCAACGUCAUCUUCAAGCUCUGCUCGCAGCCAGCUGCUCAGCUGAAUUUAGUCGCCGCAUUCGCGGAGCCUGCUGAGAAAAGAAGCCUUUGCACACCUCUUGGGGGUAGGCAAGCGUCGUCUGACCAGGUGCAGGAGUUCAUAUCAGGGCAGGGACUUGAGAACAGUCGGUGGCCGAUCUUCGGCUCCACCUUCGGUGAAGUCACCAAGUGUCACGGCGUUUCUGAUCCAUCUCUACUGGAUAGCCUCAAGGCCGACAUUCUUUGCAAUCUGCAAGCGUUGGAGGUGCUGCCUUCGGAGAUGCGAGAUCAUCUUUAUUGGUCCGAUGCUCUCUUGCAUCAUUAUGCAAGGACCUGGCAGGAUCGCCAGGUCUACUGGCUUGCACGUGAACGCGCCAGAAAGCACAAAGAUCUGCUUGUCCUGAUCAUCGAUAGCUAUGAUAAAGCUAAAGUGGCACUACCAAGAUACCCUUAUGGCAGAACCCCAAAGAAGCCGAUUUACGAAAGAGUGCACAGAUCUUCCUUGACAUUGACUGGAUGCAUCGUUCACGGUUGCGGAGUAUUUUUGUACUUGGCUGAUGAAGGAAUGCCAACAGGCGCAAGUUGGACCUUAGAAGUAGCAAUGCGCUCCAUCGACAAAGCCUGGGCAAUUGCACGUGCUCAGAACCUUCCCUUCGCCAGUGAGUUGUGGCUUCAAGGCGACAACGCCUGCAAGGAGGUUCGAAAUAGCUUCACUGGGCGAUGGGCCACAUUGCUUACUCAAGCAUCCUUUUUCCAAUCUGCAGGCCAUCACCAUAUGGAAGUUGGACACACCCAUGAAGACAUAGAUGGUGUUUUUUCUAUCGUCACUUCUUGCUUGAACCAAGAGCCCAAUCUGAACACACCAUCCGAUGUUCGAAGGACCUUGUUGCAGCGCAUGGGGCCGCUUUUUGCAAAGUCUGGAAUGAGGUUUGAGUGUGAAAUGGUGGACACAAUCAGAGACUGGUGCCGGAUGAUGCCGACCGGGGCAUCGUUGAGAAAUGCUUACAGGGCCAGAAAGGGAGAUCGAGACAAAGAAGGUGAAGAAGAAGCAUGCAAAGUUCCACAAAGUUUUACUUUCAUGCCAAGGGAAGGCAUGCCGGGUCAGGGAUACAAUCUCCAGCUGGACGACAACCUUCCGCGCCGAUUGCGAUCAUCGGGAAAUGGGAGGGACAUCUUUGCCAUGGUGAAGAUGACCAUGAGCCAUGAUGUUUUAUCACAACCUCCACUCCUCGUCUACCCCCACAUGUUGUUGAGCAACACAGAGGCUUUUUUCAACAAGGUAAACCAAGCAGAUGCUCCAGUCCUAACUGCCAAACUUGGAAGACUCACGAUGUGA